UGAAAAAAAUAUACAUUCAAACAUAAUAAUAAUGGGAAUAAGAUGUUCAUAACCCUAAAAUUCUAUGUUAAUAUUUUCAACUCUUCGCUCAUUUGAUGAAAAAGAGUAGCAAAAACAUUCAACUAGUUUAACUUUAAAUUAUGGCUUUCCUUAGAAAUAAAUCUUAGAAACUAACAAAACUAAAAUCUAAUUAGAGAUAGAGUAGAAUCACCCUUAGUAACCUGUGGAUCCAGGUAGCCCUAUGUAAGCAAUAUCUGAACAUACUUGGGAAGGUUGUGAAUUUACUAAAGUUCAUCAUACUUGUCCUACAAACAAUAGGAUCAAUAGACUUUAUUCAAAUUCAAUUUCUUUUCAACACAAUAAGACAUUAAGUAAUAAAAAAAUUAACUAUUCUCCACCAAUAUUUAUGAAUAAAACUAAUUAAACAAUAAAAGGAAUUAUAAAAAAAAGUAGAUAUAAUAGUGAUUCGUAAUCUCCAAAUUCAUCAUAAACAAUAAAAUCUGUGAGAUUUUUAGUCACAGAAUAAGUAAGAUUGUAGAGGAAGUUUAUGCGAACUAGAAGUUUAUGCAAAAAAUAGUCUAGCAGAAGAUAAAAUUCCUCAACUAUUUAUAGUAAUUGUGAUUAAUCAUUUUAAUACAAUAUUGAAUUCUGA